GAGCGAAAAGCGUUUUACGCUGGCAAACCUAUAAUUAGUCGAAACGUGCCCGUCGUCGGUUUCGCAUUGCCUUCUCUCUGUCCGCUGCAGCAGUACUGGCCGUUCGCUUUUUUUUCUUCUGUCGCUACAUUUGUGUGUGUGUGUGUGUGUGUGUGUCGUACGAGCACGCAUACUUACGUACCUUGCUGGCGAAGAGACUAGUGAAUAUACGUAGACACACACUAACAAGCCCUGUUCCGUCCUAGCGGGUGUGCUGCGGGUUGAAUUAUUUUGGCGUGUGUGAUUUUGUGUUUUUUUUUGUUGUCUCCACUUCAACCUUGUUGUGAUACACUCAUAAGUGGAUAGACUCCUUUUACCAGUACGCGAAAGACUAGAAAAAAAAACAGUAAAUCGACAAAAAAAAAGCAAACAUUACCGUGAACGAUCCUCGGGAGCGCCUUGGUGUACUAGGAAAAUUCUAGGAAAAGAAAAAGAAACAAAACAACAACACAAAACCAUGUGCGGUCCAACGACUCGCUCGCUGUUUCCCGGAGCUUGCCUGGCAGUGUGAACAAAAGGAGCCGGUCAAUGCUCGCGUGUUAAACAAAAAAAAAAAGUGCACUCAAAAAGAACACCAUCCAGCAGCGGAAAAAGAAUGUAAACAACGAUCAACGACGCACGGGGUAAAAAAGCAGAAUAAGGAAAAGAUAAUCAACCUCACCCACUAUCAAACAGACCCGCGUGUGCCAUCCUGUGCGACAGUGCUGUGCCUGUGCCCGUCCGUCCAUCCGUGUGUGUGUUUGUAUGAAAUGUGCGUUUAAAUGUGUUACAACCGUGAUUAGUGUCGAUCGACUACCGCAAAAGGAAGAAGGACCACUAAGAGAUUGAGCGGGAGCGCGUGUGUGCGGGGCAAAGUAGUACGUGCGUGCGUGUGCAAACGCCUUUUCAACGCCCUCCCCCUUAACAUACACACACACACACACAGUGCUUCCUCCUUGCCGGAGGGAGGUGUUGAUUUUUGUUUUAGGGGCGAGUGCGAGCGCGCGCGCGAGAGAGGAGGAACGAAACACACAACACGGCGACCAAAGAAGUAAAAAUAAGAUUUAAAAAAAAAAAAGUACACCCAUCCCCAUCCAAUCUCUGCGAGUGCGCGCGCGUGUGUGCGUGCGUGCGUGGAAGAGAGAUAGAAGAAGGACACAGGGGCAGGAUUCUUUUUUUCGUCGCUGCGCUUGGCCCAAAAAGGGUCUGGGGCUGUGCGUACGCACGAAAGCACGUCCCGAUUGCCGAACGGCCCCGAACCAAACGCCUCGCAAGUGUGAGCGAGAAGGAGAGAGAGUGUGUGUGAGAGAGAGAGAGAGAGAGAGAGAGAGAGCGCGUGCACAAGGGCGAUCGUACGCGCGGGCAAGCUUGCCCGAGAGCGAGAGCGCUACUACCCGGUGCGAAAGAGAGAGCGCGCGCGCGCGCGCUCGCGAGUGAACGAGCAAGAGCGAGAGCGAGCGCGGGCCCCGAGAGCGUGCGAUGCGAGCGCGCGGGUACCGGCAGCAGCAACUAAUGAACGCCGUUCAGUGAGGCCUUAAUAAUAGUGUUUAGAAGUGGUUAAUUUCGGCUUCAACCGCUCCGCGAGGCAGGUCACAAAAUAUCGCACCAAGCAGCAGCAGCAGCAGCAGCUCUCUCGGCAGCAGCAGCGCCUCAUCAUCAACUUUUCGGGUCACCACCGUUUGGAGUGUUUGGAGUUGUUGGACGAGCGAAGCAAAAAAAAAAAAACAGCCCUCCUUUCGGUGUUGUCGUCGUCGUUGUUGCAAAUUACGUUCAAAGCAGCGGCGCUUUUAAAAAAAAUAGGUGGGCGGCAGGGGAGUAUACGUGCGUGCCUGUGUGUGCAUGUGUUUUUAUCGGUCCAUGUGUCGCCCCCCCCCCAUGUGUGUGUGUCAGCCGUAUGUGCAUUUGUUAGUGUUUUCCGGCGUGCUUCCGGUUCCGUGUGUCCUGUCCCGAUCCAGUCGAUCCAAAGCUCCUUGUCGCGUCUGCGUGUGAGUGUGUGUUAGUGUUUUGCAGUGUGGCAACGGGCAAAUGUGUGUCACAGGGCGCAACCGAAACUGGAGCUAAUAACCACCACCAAUCAAACUAACAACCAAAACCACAAGUCGCCGCGAAGGAACUUUUGCCCCCCCCCGCCAAGCAACUGGAGGAAAGGCAGUGUACAUGUAACAUGCCGAUAAGUGUGGGCAGUAGUAGUAGUAGCAGUUUGCCAGCCCCCGUUUAAUGUGUGCAAUUUAACGCCCCCCCCCCCCCCUGAAAGCGACGCGCGCACCCCAAAAACACACACACAAACGGCCACAAAAUGAUGGCAUCACCCAGCUUCAUGACGCAGUAUCACAAUCACCAGUGGAACAACGGCACAACACAAAGUCAGUUGUCAGCCUUGAACAUCCUGCCAUAUCAGUAUCCGCCGCAGCCACCGUCGGUAAGCAGCCUCGGCUCGGUCGCGUCCGUCGGCUCGGCCGGCCUGUCGCCCACGCAGUCGAUCGCGUCCUCGAGCGGGGCGGCCAGCAACAGCAGCAGCUUCAGUGCCGUCGGUGGCCCCGCCGGCGGCCCCACCAUCACGGCGGCCGGCGGUGGCUGUGGCGCCGGCUCCUCCAACACGGCCAGCCCGGACGCGACGGUGACGACGGCGGCGGCGGCGGCUGCGGCCGCGGCGGCCGCCUCGAGUGCGGCCGCCGCCUCGUACGGCUUCGGGAUGGUGCAGCAGUCCGGUGCGCUUGAGAUGACCGCACGACCGCAAGCAAUGCACUACCCAUCGUACGCAUCGUACAGCCCGGCCAGCUACUACAACAACGUCAGCAUGGCGACCAGCCCGUGGUUCGCGCAGGAAACGAUGUACGGCACGGCGGCCGGCUGGCACGGGGCCGCGGCGGACGCGUACGGCCUCAAGCUGGAGGAGUACUCGCACCAGACGCAGGCCCAGCGCCGCUGCGCCCGCUGCACCUGCCCGAACUGCAUCAACGAGCUGUCCGGGCUGCCGCCGGUCGUCGGGCCGGACGAGAAGGGCAAGCGGCAGCACAUCUGCCACAUACCGGGGUGCGAGAAAAUCUACGGCAAGACGAGCCACCUGAAGGCGCACCUCCGGUGGCACACGGGCGAGCGGCCCUUCCAGUGCAAGUGGCUGUUCUGCGGCAAGCGGUUCACGCGCUCGGACGAGCUGCAGCGCCACUUCCGCACGCACACGGGCGAGAAGCGGUUCACGUGCACGAUCUGCAGCAAGAAGUUUAUGCGCAGCGACCAUCUCGCGAAGCACGUGAAGACGCACGAGAACAAGGCGAAGAAGAUCGCGAAGCGGUCGGAAAAGCUGGAGGAGGCGAAGCAGCGGCGCGAGGAAACGAAGCUAAAGUCGCUCGAAACGGCGGCGGUGGUGGUGUCGAGGAAGCUGCCGGCGGUCAGCAGUAGUGGCAAGCUGCCGCCCGCCAAGCGGCCGAAGCUCGCCGGCGCCCGCGAGGAUACGGCCCGGCGAAGGGAGGACGACGCGACGGAGAGUGGCAGCUUGGAGCAAGGGCAGCAGCAGCAGCAGCAGCAGCACCAUCACCACCAUCAUCUUCACAGCAGCCAAACGUCCGCCUCGACCAUGCUGGAGGACAUCAACGCCAACAUACGCGUACCUGAGAUCAAGUCGGAGUAUGGCACGACCGGUGGCGGAGGAGGCGGAGGCGGAGGGAUCGGUCUGCUCAAUGUCCUGACGCCGCCCCCGACCGGCAACUCGCCCACGUCGUCGAGUACGGCUGCGGCGGCCGCUGCGGCCGCUGCCGCUGCCGCCGCCGCCGCUGCCGCGUACCAGAACUACCACCACCAUCACCACCAUCACCAUCAUCAUGCGGUGGCGGCCGCCCACCACCAUCACCACGCGUCCUACUUCCAGAGUCCCUUCUUCCAGGCGAGCGCGGCCGAUGGUGGUGGCCCGGGUGCGCCCGGAGGGAAGAGCCACUUUGCCAGCUACGCGGACGGUGGCAGCUUUCACGGUGGUGCAGCCGGCAACAACCUCCGGUCCGCCAUGGCGUCCUCGCUGAGCUGCGACAGCAAACCGGGCGUGACGGCGGCGAGUCAGCGAAGCGCCCGAACGACCAGCAGCAGCAACAACAACAACAACAACACGAGCGGUAGCAGUAGUACCAGCAGCAGCAGCAACACCAGCAGUGCCAUCGCCGAGCUCAGCAACAGCCUGGUGAAGCUGGAGGAGUACGCCAACGGGCACGGGCUGGGCGGCAGCCGGAUCGAAGGAGCGGGCGUCGCGGCGGCCACAUCCGGAUCGGGCGAGAGCGACGGCAGUUCCAGCAGCAACAACAACAACAACAACAACAACACCCUCAACAACCACGUACUACCUCAUGGGGCGCAGCUGUACCAGUCGGCGUCCCACCACUACCAUCCUUACGCGGCAAUGAAGGCGGCCGCCGCCGGUGGAGGUGGUGGUGGUGGUGGUGGUGGUGUCGGGAUGCCAUCGUCCGCCUCCUACGGAAGCCUAUCGCCGUACGAGCAGGAAGGAGGAGGAGGAGGAGGAGGAGGAGGAGGCGGCAGUCAACAUCACGGAUCAUCGUCGGCCUCCACCUACAACAUGAUGAUGAGCAACUACUCUCUGCAUCAGCACCACCAGCACCAUCAGCAGCAGCAGCAGCAGCAGCAACAACAGCAACAUCAUCUUCACCAUCACCAGCAACAACAGCACCAGCAACACCAGCAACAGCAACUUCUCAAUCAACAGCAGCACCAUCAGCAUCAGCAACAGCUGCAACAUCAGCUACAGCUCAACCUGACGUCACAGCCGGCCGGCGCUAGUGCAGGUACCACAACGAACCCUCUGUUCAAGUAAGUCUUCAAGUAGGCAGGUCCCCUUAACACACCACCAGUGAUAUCAGACAGAGAGAGGAGGGAGUCAUAUGAGAGAGUUCUGGAAGGCUCGUUUCCUGCUGGAAGUCCUCUAGCGUCGAUAAAGAGAGUUCGAAGGUACUACUAGGCCACUAGAGCUCUCCACUCUUACGCUCAGCAGAGUUGUGCUUCAGAGCUAUGUGCUACUGAUAUCCCACACGCCGUCUCUCUCGCUUCCUCGACCUCGAACUCGACCUCUAGCUACUCUACCAGCUCUAGUUGACGCGUGUGCGCCCUCUCAGGGACUUGCCGAUGAAUGUUCAAUUUUCCAAAAUUUAAUUCUCCCGAAGCGCUUACUAACCCAAAAACAACACUGCUCCAAAGUCGCUGGCCGAGCUUCAAAUCAAGAAGAUAGCAGACAACAACAAGAAAAACUCCUUUCCACACAACAAGUGUUCGAUACAAAUAAUUUUGUUCCCAAAACAAUAGAAUAACUGCACACACACACACACACAAACAAACUGCUUUGAAUGCUUGCGCUCCUCGAGAAGUCUUCGAAAGUCCAGGCAGCGAGUCUGCGAUUACCAUCCAUGAUGGUGUGUGUGUGUGUGGGGACAAGUGUGAAAUGAAUUGUAAAUAAAAUCCUGUACAGAGAAGAACUUGCGACGUUUUUUUAGAGUGUUAAGUGAAAAAUAAACAAGAAAAUUCUCGUCUUGAACGCGCAUUUUUAGCGAAACGAAAGUCGUGGGAAGAAAGAAAUGGGCUCUUUCUCUCGUUAGUGGUGGCAAGGUUUAAGGGUCUAAAAGAUGCGAUAAAAUCUCAGUGCAAAUUUAUUAUGUUUUUUUUUUUGUUUUCCAAUCAACAAACGCGUGUGUGUACAGUAGGUCGAAAAGUUUGUAAUGUUCGUACAGAAUUAAAAGUAAAUCGUGUGCAUGUGUGUGUGUGUGUGUGUGUGUGGGAGGUGAUAGGCAGAAGGAAUGUUUAUGCAAAAGGGCAGGGCAGAGCUACUCUAACCUAAUACGCCUCAGAUAUUCUGACGGUUUUGUUUUCCAAAGAAAUAGUGACGUUGAGGCAAAAGGGUCCGGUGCGCAAACUAAAACAAAACAAACGAGCAGCAAGAUCGAUGCAGUAGAGCCACACACCCACACACACGCAGUGAGACAGAGAGAGAGAAGGUCCUUUCAGUUAUAAUUAAUAAAAAAAAACAUAUUGUACAGAGAACAAGGAGGAAGCAUAGUAAUAAGAGGAAGCUGAAUUUGAACGCACAAAACGGUUAUAUUUAGACGGCAAACGAACAAACAAACGGGGUGAAUUACUUUAAAGUUUAUCUUAUACAUAUAGACUAUAUACAUAUAUUUAUGGAAUCACUUCCCCUCAAAAAACAACAAAAACCCCCUUCCUCAAUCCCCAUCGUCCCUUAGAGAACAAACGGCGAAAGUGCGCGCGCGAACAAACGUAAACACUGGAGUUUGCAAAUAAAAAACACGCAACAAAA